GGCAGAGGCUGCGGCACGUACCCACCGUGUCGGUGGACCGGUGCGGCCGGUCAGCGGGCCACGCGGCACCUAUAAAACCGGCCUCCUCCCUGCAGUGGGCAUCAGAACCAGCUGACUGGCUCCACUGUGCGCCCGUCUCGUCCUCAACCCGCAGUUAUGAAGCUGAUCGUUCUGGCGUGUCUGGCGGCCGUGGCCCUCGCCCGGCCUCAGGAGUUCUUCUCGGAGCCUGAGGUGGAUUCCCUCCGCGACCGUGACCGCUACGCCGAGAUCACCAGCUUCGAGAACCAGCAGACCCAGGACGGCGGCAACAUCAACUCCUUCACCGCCACUAACGGCCUGGAGCGCCAGGAGGAGAUCCGGCUGCAGGAGGUCCGCGUCAUCAACGAGGAUGGCCAGGAGGAGUACCGUCUGGUGCCCUUCUACACUGGGUCCUUCAAGUUCCCGAACCCCGACGGCACCUUCACCGAGCGGAAAUACUACACCGACGAGACCGGCAUCCACUUCGAGGGUGCUGACCUGCCCGUGGCGCCCCAGCCCUUCUAAGUCAACAGCUUCGCCAUACUGAACAUCAGCAGGCGCAGAAGCACCUACCCUCACUCAACACUUUUAGAUGACAUAGUCAUCGUGAGUCAUUACACACCAGUUGAUACGGUGAUCCAUUACAUUGUCUCCUGUGAUGCAAUACAUACCUGUUGUUAUCGUUA